AGCAAAAAUUAAUUUAAUUUUUUAGUGAAAAAUAAAUGAUCUGAAUUCUGAAAUAUUCGUAAUAAAAUGUUCAAAUUUCAAUCAAUCGAAUGAAAUUAUACUAUAUAUUUAAUAUUUGAGGUUUUUUUGAAUUUAAGAAGUGCUUAUUUCUAUAUACUUGAUACAAUGUUGGAAAUAAUAAACGGAUUUCUUUUAGUUUAUUUUCUUGUUUUAUGCACACUUAGUGCUUUAGUUCCUAUUAUUGUAAAGCCUAUAUCAGCUUGUUUUACAAGACCUACCAAAGAAGAACGUAAAAUUUGGGACGAUGUUCUAGCUCUAAAGAAUGAACAAAAGCUAAUUUCAAUGAAAGACGAAUUUGCUGCAUAUUCCAGACUGCAGAGAAAGAUUAAUAAACUUGAAAGCGAGUUAAAAGACAAUUCUCAAAAGCGUCUCAGUAAAAGCCUUACAAUCAAAGGAACAGUGCACAUUGUUCUCCAUGUUGUAAUUGGUUUAGUAAUAAUAAUAUCAAUGAUAUUUUAUAGACAUGAACCUAUUGUUGCAUUGAAAGCAAAUCUAUUCCCUAUUAGCUCAUUUCUUAAAUACCCGAGUGAUAUUCCUAAUGCUAUUUCCACACAUGUGUGGGUUGUUAUUUCUAAUGUAUCCAUCAGAACACUAAUUAGGCCAAUUGUUAGUUAGCUUGAUAAAAUUAAGGUUGUUUUAUGUAUAAUGACUGACUGUCACUAUCUAGCAAAAUCAGAGGAAUGAAAAAAAUGGUGCUAGCUCUUGAGAAAGGUGUAUACAAUAUUGAAUAUUCUGGAAUGCCAUAUUAUCCUUGUCGACUAACCUGGGAAUAGAGGAAGGAUUUUUUUUUAUUUAUGUAAGGUUUUUAAGGUAAUUAUUCCAAAUAAAGCUGGAUAUACAUGUUAGUAAAUGCAAUCGUUUAAGGACAAAAAAGUGCAGCUUGCAACAUAAAACUGAUGUGGUGACUUAGCAAUUAAUGUGUUAAAAGGAAUGUAUUGAAUUGUAAUAUUGUGUAAUUUUUUUAUAAUGACCCAGUAAACUAAUUUUGAUAAAUAUAA